AUGUUUGUCUUACUUACAAAUUUUGCUAUAAAAGCGCUUAAUCCAUCCAUCCAUAAAUCAGUUCGAAGUGUAAACAGUUCGAAAGCUUACAUUCAAAAUGAAACUUGUUGCUUCAUCCUGGCUUGCCUGGUGCUCUACGUGGCCGUUAUUGAGGCCCAAACCUGUAGCGGACAAUUCCGUCCAGGUCGAAACAAUCCUCGUAGCUGCACGGCUCGCGUUAAUGGAGGACAUAAUCGUACCCGUGGCUGCAACAACAACUCCAACAGGAACAUGUGGUAUUACAAUGCAAGGGCUGAUAGAUGCAUAAAGUUUGCAUAUCGUGGAUGCGGAGGCAAUGGCAAUCGUUACUGCACCGAGCGUGAGUGUCGCACCCAAUGCAGACCACGUCGUCCUAACUAAACUCUAGCCAAAAGCCUUAAC